GAAUGUAUUCCUAUGCCCCGAUUCCAUAGGAAUUUUAACAUGAGCUCAAAUCUCAUGUUUUGAGAAGUCCAAUGCAAUCUCUCUUCUUACCUUCAAAAUUCUUAUGUUAUUUUCGAACUAUCAAAAUACAUCACAUCUAACGUUCUUAUAUUUUGAAAUCUUAUAGGAUUAAAAGUAUGAGACGUUCCAUUUCUAUAUAUUUUUCGUUCUUGUGUUUUUCCAAUACUGCGUUUUAAAGGAGCCUUAAACUAAAAAUUUAAAAUUUUCAGAACGAUCCCCAUAUUCCGGACAGUCCAAAGCUUUUGAAAUUCGAAGUUCCCUCCCGUCAUUGACAACAAAACAUCAUUUCUCAUUCCUCCCUGUGGUUCUGGAAGCGUCCGCGCGGCCCCGAGAAAAUUUGAACUCCCUUCCCCUCGCUUCGCCACGCACCACCACCGCUUUUGAGCUCGCGGCGAGGGUUCCGGCUGCAGCGGCGGACGCGACAUGGCCGGGAAGAAGCCCGCCCCUCCCUCCCCCCAGCGCAACGGCAGCGCCGCCUCCAGCUCCAAGCGCCGGCCUACGCAGCCUUCGGAGGCCUCAACCGCCUCCGCCGAGGCCCGCCCGGCUUCGAAACCCCGCAAAAGCUCCAUGGAGAAGCCGGCGGCCUCUAAGCAGAAGCGCGACAAGCCAGACCCGCAAAAGGGAGCCAAGCGGAAGAAGCAGCAGGCGUCCGGCGAGGCAGGGACGCCCACGACAAAGAGGAAGAAGCGCGACGAACCGGAACCCAAACCCCAGAAGGAAGCCGCGCCCACGAAGAAGCAGCAGUCACCCGGUAAAGCGCAGAAGCCCGCGACCACGCCCACAAAGAAACAGCAGAAGGAAGCCAAGCGCGAGAAGCAGCAAACGCCCGGCGGAGCGUGGAAGUCCACGCCCACCAAGAUGAAGCACGGCGACGCGGAGCCCCAAAAUGAGGCGAGGAGCCCGAAGAGAGCGUACGGCGGAGGGGAGGCGCGCGCACCCACGCCCGUGAAGAAGCUGAAGAACCAGAAGUCGGCUGCGGCCGACAAAGGCGCCUGCAGCUUCGCGAUGGCGCGGGUGCGGCAGCUGAUGCGGGCCGAGGACGCCACCAUCCGCCCUUCUAAUGAGGCCGUCUUCCUCAUCAACAAGGCCUCCGAGUUAUUUUUGGAGAAGUUUGUCGAGGAUGCUUAUCGCAAUGCCCUGAGGAAUCGUCAGAAGUCAAUUAUCUACGAUAAUCUUUGUAGAUGAACCUUUCAUUUUUCAGCCAAGUAUUGCUAUCCAAUAAAGGAAAAUGAUCAAUGUAUAACUACAGUAGGCCGCUGUGCGUGGGAGAACAACUAGUACUUGGUAACUGAAACAGCUUAUAGAUGCAAAUAUAUUAUAUUCUUGUUUGUUAGAUCUCUUGGAUCUUAGUGCGUGAAUCCUCGAAAGCUCCCUCUUAGGGGGAAAUAGUCCCCUAAACAUGUUCAUGUAUUUUCCUGGAUCUCCAUGCAGUAAAUGGUAAUUUGAGAUAAAUGUGAAUGAGUUCAACAUCUUUAUUCCGAGUCCUAGCUGUACUCCGCUCGUACUCAUCUCAGAAUUACCUAACCUUCGAAAUCAAACCUGUUUCUUAGUGGUUUGAGUAGUAAUACCUUUUGCUUUCUAUAUAUUUCUUUCUGUCGUCUAUCUCAUGCCACCCGUUCUCU